AUGCCAUGGUUCCCACCGCCCGGUACGGCCGCCAAUGAUGAUCUGGGACCUAGUCUUACUAUAACCGUGUGGAUUUUGACCGUCCUUCCUCUGCUGUUCGUCAUCAUGAGGAUAUGGGGGAAGAUUUGGACGGGGCGGAAGCUUUGGGCAGAUGAUUAUGUGUUGAUAGUAGCCUGGAUCUGUAUGCUUGCUGCUGCCAUCUUGACGACAAUCGCAGUGCAGAGAGGCUUCGGGAAGCACCAAUGGAACGCACCCCCAGACUUCCUCGAAUCAACCUUGACGUUCGUAUGGGUCUUUGGAAACCUCGUUCUUGUGGCCAGCGUGUUGAGCAAAAACUCGUUUGCCCUCACGAUGUUGAGGCUGGUCUUUCUCGAUAGCUGGAUGAGAUUCGUCAGUUGGUUCAUCGUUGUUACCACGAACCUCUUCCUCGUUAGCAAUAUUGUCUUGGUCUGGGUUCUGACGACACGCUGUGACUCUUGCAGCCCUGAUUUUGGACCUUCGACUCCCAGAGUACAAAAAGUGGUGGCACUAACUUCCCUCAAAGCCUACGCUGCAGCAAUGGACUUUACCCUCGUAGCCAUGGCUUGGGUUCUCGUGUCCAGACUAAAGCUCCGCACCAGGGGUGAGCGCAUCAUCGUCGGCAUUGCCAUGAGCAUGGGCGUCUUUGCUGGCGCCGCCUCCAUCGUCAAGGCCGUCGAGCUGCCCGCCAUCUCGCUGCCCGACUACAGCUACCAGUUUGCCAGGGUGCACUUCUGGUCCAUCACAGAGCCAUCUGUCACGAUCAUCGCCACGUCGAUCCCCAUGUUGCGGGUUCUAUGCGAGCGCGACGGUCGGACCAAGGCGACUGGGCACGCUCAUUCCGAGAGGCUGGCCACGCUUGAACCGAAGCGGACUGCCUCGUCGACCUACUCUUCUGCGGGGGAGAGGACGUUGUAUCGCCUGUCGGAUUAUUCGACGCAAGGCACUGCCAAGAAUGGGGACGGGGAUGUCGAGCUGGUCGAGGCAGGGACGGGCCAAAGAGAGGAGCUUCACAAGCUGGGCGAAUGCUAG